CGCAGAGCUACCUCCAGGCGGAACCUGGGCGUGCGGGGCUCCUGCAACCUAAACACCCGGUGUGAAAGGAAGGUGGCCCCGGCGGGGCGGGGCGCAUGCGCGGCAGCUCCCCCUGGGGAAGGGCUGAGAGGCGGAGCGGGGCGGCCAGCUGUGAGCCGAGCGGAGCAGGGUCAGGAUGGACGAAGACGUGCUGACCACCCUGAAGAUCCUCAUCAUCGGCGAGAGUGGCGUGGGCAAGUCCAGCCUGCUCUUGAGGUUCACAGAUGAUACUUUUGAUCCAGAGCUUGCAGCAACAAUAGGUGUUGACUUUAAGGUGAAAACAAUUUCAGUGGAUGGAAAUAAGGCUAAACUUGCAAUAUGGGAUACUGCUGGUCAAGAAAGGUUCAGAACAUUAACUCCCAGCUAUUAUAGAGGUGCACAGGGUGUUAUAUUAGUUUAUGAUGUCACAAGAAGAGACACCUUUGUUAAACUGGAUAAUUGGUUAAAUGAGUUGGAAACGUACUGCACGAGAAAUGACAUAGUAAACAUGCUAGUUGGAAAUAAAAUUGAUAAGGAAAAUCGUGAAGUUGACAGAAAUGAAGGCCUGAAGUUUGCACGGAAGCAUUCCAUGUUAUUUAUAGAGGCAAGUGCAAAAACCUGUGAUGGCGUACAGUGUGCUUUUGAGGAACUUGUUGAAAAGAUCAUUCAGACGCCUGGACUGUGGGAAAGUGAGAACCAGAAUAAAGGAGUCAAACUGACACACAGGGAAGAAGGGCAAGGGGGAGGGCCCUGUGGUGGUUACUGCUCUGUGUUAUGAACUCUGGGGAGCUCCAUCUCUUGCAUAUUUGAUCGGAUAACGUCAUCUUUCUGUAUAUAAACUCUUCAACUGCUAUUUUAGGGUCCUUGCAGUUUGCACAUAUUUGUUUUGUAUCAUGGCAGUAAAUAUUUGCGAGAAAUCCCACUUAUCGACUGUUUCCAGGUAAAACAUUAUGGUAAGCAUGCAUAGUUUGCAAUCUGCAGUUUUUUAUGUAACAUAAAAUAGGUGUACCUUUAUAAGUACAUUUGAUUUUAUGAUUUACAUUCAUCAUGUGAUUUUUUAAAAAUCCACUUAUCUAGUGUAUGUUGAUACAAGGUCUAUUUCUGGUGUCCUUUUCAUUUAAAUACUCAUCAAUUACUGAAUUAAUUGGUAUGUAGAACUCCUAGGACCACUGAGAGACAUACAGGUAUCAUCAAACCUGGCAAAUUUCCCUUCAGAAAUAACAAAGAGCAUGAUUCCAUAACUUUUCUAGGAUGUUUGCUGAUGGAUUCUCUUUUAGUACUAAGCAAAUUUCUCUUUACAGGAUGUAGUCCAGGCCAAUUUAUAAUUAAAUCUCUGUUUGUUCUGAUGAUGCUUCUAAAAUAGCAUCGAUAUGUUAAAGAAGUUUGGUCUUACUUUUAAUUUAGUUCACAAGUAGCUCAGUUGCUUAACUGGAGUUUUAAUUCUGUGAUAUGUACAUGGGAUUCAUGACCCUUUGUGCAGCAUUUUUGCUUAUGUGGUAUUUGACAGGAUGGCAAUAAGGUUUCCCCCCAUUUUGUUUUCAGAAGGACAGGAAUGGUGUGUUUACGUAACUCAUGUAGUACUUUGACCACUUUUAGAAACAACACCUUUUUCCAUAAAUGUUGGUGGUGUUUGUGCAAGCACUUCAGUCGUAGCUUGUGUAAUGUUAAUGAAUAUCUGUAUCUUAUGACUUCCAUAAAUGGCUAGUUGAUACUCAAAAGCCUACUUCUGUGUUUUGAGGGUUGGGGGGAAAGACACUAAAUUAUAAUUCGAGAAAGGCAUAUUGCUUCCAGAUUUUGAUGUGUGUGGGAAAAUACUGUUGCAAUGAAAAUCUUGGUAAUUUACUGUAACAAGUAGCCAAUAGUUUAUCAAAACCAACUUGUACAGACUAAUAAAUCUUUUCCACAGUAUUCAGUUUUCUAACCUCUUGCUGUUGUACACUGUAUAUUUUUUCACUCAUAUAUUUAAUUUACAUUGAUCUCUGCUAUUUUAAGCCUCCAGAUAAGUAAUUUGUCCUUUCAGGCAGGUUACUCUAAUACCCCUCAGUAAGAUUAAUAAGAAAUAUUAAUUUCUAGGCAGUUUGUUCUCUGUAUACAGGUGCAAAUGAUAAACAUUUUUGUGGGUCACCUUUGCAACAAUAUAUGUGAUAAUGGGCUGAAAUGUACAUCUUCACAUAAGAAAACCUUACAUUCUACGUGGUUCACACUUGUUAGACUACGUUACAUUUGAUUAAAGGUUUUCUGCAUUAUGUAUGUUUUUACUAAAUAUGAAACAUAUACUACUUUAAUGUUGGAGAAAGAUAGCUAACACAUGUACUUAACGACUUGUUGUUACAUUAAAACUGUAGAUUUGUAUAUUUAUGUAGUUUCUGUAUUGACAUUUCUGUUUAUUGCUUUUUGCUCCUUGAACUAUAUAAUACUCUUUCUGUGCAUUGGAUUGUCUUGAUUUGGUCAGAAUUUGGAUACAUAUGAGUCACUUAACUUUUAACAACUAAUUUUGUUUGAUUUAUAUUGUAACCUUUAUAGUUUUUAAAUAAAUAUAGCCUGCUUUCCCUA